AUGGCAUCGAUAUUGCCGGCGCGCGGGGGCGCAACGCCGUCGGGGAAUCAAGCUUUCGACUACUUCUUGGUGGUGGACUUCGAGGCGACCUGCGAGAAAGACAAGCGGAUCUACCCGCAAGAGAUCAUCGAGUUCCCCUCGGUCCUCGUCAAUGGCACCACCGGCCGCAUCGAAUCGGCCUUCCGCAGAUACGUGCGUCCCAAGUACCACCCCGUGCUGACGGAGUUUUGCGGGGACCUCACCGGCAUCCGCCAGGAGGACGUCGACGGGGGCGUGGACCUCCGGGACGCGCUCUUGCUGCACGACUCCUGGCUCAAGGCGGCGACGGGGGCCAGGAAAUGCAUCCGGUUGGCCGUCGUGACCUGGGGCGACUGGGAUUGCCGCACCAUGCUGGAAUCCGAGUGCCUCUUCAAGGGGAUCGCCAAGCCCACCUACUUCGAUCGCUGGAUCAACCUCAGGAUCCCAUUCGCGGCGGCGCUCGGCACCGGAGGGCGGACCACUCUGCAGGAGGCGGUCCGGGCGGCGGGGCUGGAGUGGGAGGGCCGCCUGCACUGCGGGCUCGACGACGCGCGCAACACCGCGCGUCUUCUAGUCGAGCUCAUGCGGCGCGGUGCCAAGAUCGAGAUCACCGGCUCGCUGGCACCGCCGCCGAUCCAAGAGCACGAGCAGCAACAACAACAGAAACCUCACGUAAGCCCGCGCUGGAUUACCAGCUCGCCGAUCCAUCAGCAGAAGCCUCACAUAAGUCCGUGCCGUGGCGUCUUGGGGGCGUGCUUCUGCUACUGUGGCGUGGCAAGCAGAGGAGGCGUUGUAGCUGCGCCAGGGCCAAUGCAGGGGAAGUGCUUCUUGGGGUGUGGCAACUGGACGCCGGCCAUGGGAGCCUUCUGCCCCUACUUCGUCUGGAGCAACUGA